UGCAGAUGUGACAUUUGCGUGCUCGGCACAUGGUGUUCCAUUGCCUUCAAUUUUCUGGACACGAGAGGGUUCCCAAGAACUCAUGUUUCCCGGUCAUUAUUAUCAGGAGCGAUAUGUUGUUAAUGAAAAUGGCAGCUUACAAAUUAAACAGAUCGUACGUAAAGACGAAGGACACUAUGUCUGUAGUGCCAUCAGUCAAGUUGGUGCGACUACUGCUACUGUUUUUCUCUCAGUAACAUCAACUGAAGAAAUUCCUCCACCUAUAAUUGAGUUAGGCCCGACCAAUCAAACUUUAAUUCUUAAAAGUACUGCUUUCUUUCCGUGUCGCGCAAUUGGGAAUCCAAUGCCUAAGAUUAAUUGGCAUAAAAACGGGCAACCCAUUCGACUAGAUCCUCGAAUUACGAUUUUAAACAAUGGUACCCUUGUUAUUAAUGAUUUACAGAAAAAUGAUAUGGGAAUAUAUACGUGCACCGCUUCUUCUGAUACUGGCAAUACUUCAUGGUCUGCAGCAUUAAAAGUCAGUUCUAUAAUUACACUACAUCCUACACCCAACAUUUCUGAUUUACCACAGAACCCUAGUAAACCAAGAAUUGUUAAUACUACCAGUAAUUCUAUCACUAUCACUUGGAGCCCUGGGCGUGAAGGAUCUAGUAAAAUCAUUGGUUAUCAUGUAGAAUAUUUUAGUAGUAACUUAAAUACUGGAUGGGUUAUAGCGACAAAUAGAAUUAUUGAAGAUACAUAUAUAGUAACUGAUUUAAGGCCUGAUACCAAUUACGUUUUCUUAGUUCGAGUAGAAAAUGAUCAUGGUUUGUCUCUUCCUGGACCAUUAUCUGACGUUGCUCAUACAUUGAGCAAUGAUCAACAUACCUUAUCUCAAAAUGAACUAAUUCGUGCUCGUGACCGUUUAAACAACGAAAUUUUACAACUAAAUGAAGUAAUCCCUUUAAGCAGUACAACUAUGAAAAUUAUUUGGAAUAUACUUGGUGCACCAGAUUUAGUCGAUGGAAUGUAUAUUCGUUAUCGUGAAAUGUCAGAUAAGCCACCCGAAUAUCAAAUGGUUACUGUUAUGAAUGCAGGAGCGACUAGCUACGUUUUGACAAACUUAAAGAAAUACACACGUUAUGAAUUCUUCCUUGUACCAUUCUAUAAGACCAUUGAGGGUCGACCAAGUAACGUUAAAUUAGCUAUGACUCAAGAAGAUAUUCCUUCCAGUCCACCCGAAAAUGUUCACGUAGGAAUGAUUAAUUCUACUUCUGCCUUUGUUAGAUGGGCGCCACCACCAAAAUCUCAACUUAAUGGGCAACUCAUUGGUUAUAAGAUCCAAAUUAAGAGUAAUAGCAGUAAUAAAAUUCUGGGUCAAAUGUCUUUAAAUGCAUCAACAACAUCUGUAAUAAUUAAUAGUUUGAACAGUGGGGGCAUCUAUACUGCUCGUGUAGCUGGAUUAACACAUAUUGGUUCUGGUCCCUUCUCUAUUCCCACACUUCUGAAUAUGGAUUUAGAGCAGUUACACCAACAGCCACCUCGAAGUAAUUCGAAUCGCGGCAAUAGCUCCAUCGUUAGUGAGACUUGGUUCCUCAUGCUUAUGAUAAUGAUGAUUUUGAGUAUAAUAGCUGCACUUAUGGGAACAUUUUAUUUAAGACGCCGACAAGCAGUUAACAAGCAGCUUGGACAUCUCAAUGUACCAGUUAGCACUGCGAACGAUAUUUGUCAAUUGAAUAAAGAUUCGUUAUGGUUGGAACGUGGAUGGCGACCAACGAACAGUCUUCAACACACUGGUGAUAAGGACUGCGAAACUAAACUUCUAAAUAACCACAUGAUUGGAUCAAAUGUUAUUGGCAUACCUAGUUCAGAAUAUGCUGAAGUUAAUCUUACGACUUUUUAUAAUACGAGAAAACCUUCAGCCCCACCCGAACCUUAUGCCACUACAACUCUUUGUGUCACCAACUGUACUUCUGAGUCUAUAGAAACAAGUGGCCAGAAGUCUAAUUCUAGUGACUCAUGUGUUAAACCUGAUUAUUCAAGUCUUGAAUCUGCACAAGAACACAACAAAUCCACCAUGUCUCCGAGUAGUGAUAAUGCAAGUAGUAUAUAUACCGAUGAUACUAUAGAAUAUCAACGUCGUCAACCACAUCAUGGUUUCCUGUCCCAAAUUCAACAACAGCAACAAGAUUUGCAGUCAAUUCCACUACCCAAUUGGUGUGAUAUGCUACCACCACCUCCAGAACACCCACCAACUCCUGAAAAUUCGCUCCCAAAUCGUGUGCACCAACAAAGUAUUGCUACUUUUAGUCCACACUUUAGCAAACGCCCCAAUACUCAAAAUAUCCUUGACUGUACCACCAGUAAAAUUGAAAGUCCACCUACUCCUCCAAUUAGAUUACCUAGUAAUAAUUUUUUGCUUUUACCCACAUCAUGGAAUAGUAGCCAUGAUUCGACAAAUCAUCAGCAAAUUAGAUACACUAGUCUACCACCUCAAACUAAUCCUCCACCAGUGCCAUCCUUUCCACAAGGUUUUAGUCAUUACGAUGUAUACAAAGCUCAAGAAAAUGAAUAUGAAAGUGGCUCACUUAUUUAUGGGCAUCAUAAUAGUCUUAUAAAAACCAGAGAUUGCCAUACCCAUGAUACAUUUGAUAGAAUCAAACAAAAUGAAGAAUCUUUUCAUACUGAUAAUCAUUAUCCAAAGGAAAAUGACGACUGGGACCGCAAAUCUUGUGAAUCUAAUACUCACUCAGAUGUUUGUUAUUCCUGCUCAGAAUCAAGCUGCUUAUACGCUGAUACAAUAGAGUAUAAUAAUAAGUUUGUACCAGCACAUCUUCAAAUAAAUUCUUCGUUAUGUGCAAGUCAUUCAAAUAAUUGCAGUGUUAACCCUCGAGUAUGUGACAAUGCGAGUCCUAUAAAACAAACUGGAUUACCUUCACCAACUUUCAGUGUUGAUAGUAAUUACUCUAGAGUCCCUCAAGAUGCUUGCCUAUCUCUCAAAUCUAAGAAUAUGCACAGGCAUAACCAUUGUAAAGCACAAAACAUCAAGAAUUAACUCGAUAAGCAGUUCUGAAAACCAACGUUAUCAAUUAAAUAGACUUGUUAUGACCAGAAAUAGUAACUGCUA